CUCUCCGGGCGGAGCCUGCCUCGGUGGGCGCUGCUUUGACUUUCGCCGCAGGCUCCGGCCAAGUCGCACUGCUGCUCCCACGCCGCUCCGGACGAUGCCGUCCUCCUCGCUGGAGGCAGCCGCUUCGCCAUGGAGGAGCGGGACCUGGCGAGCGCCUUGAGCGCCGUUGCUUCCCUCCGGGAUUCCUAUCCUUGUCCCCUCACGCGUUUCCCAAUUAGCGCCACCCCCAGCAGCAUGUGAAGCCCCGAGCACCAUGCCAGCAACGGGCGCGGGUCUGCUCCAUCACUCCCUCCUCCUCUUCCUCCUGCUCCCGGCGCCGCUCUCCGCGGGCUCUCUCCCCUCCAGCGCACCGGGGGAUCCUGGGCUGCUUCCCACCGGCGAGGAGGACGAGACCCCGGCCACCGAGGGACGCCGCACCGGACACCCGGCUAUGAUGGAGAGGCAAAAGAUAGUGGAGAUACCAGACACUGAAACAAGGGCUUCCAGUUCUCAUACACAUAAUGCAGAUACCUUUCUUACCCUUGGCAGUGCCAAAGGAAGGACAUUGAGGACAAUAGGCAACAGUGCUCCUGCUUCUAUAGCUGUAACAGGAAGCUCCACAUCUCAUACUGAAAUGAUUAGAUCUGGUUAUUUAACCCACCAUUCAUCUCCAGUGAUGCGGAUCAGGAGAACCGAGGAGGCCUCACAGAGUACUGUGGAUACUGCUAAGUUUGAAACUGUGACUUUGAACAUAACUUCUCCCGAGACACCAAUUGUUUCAUUUUCAGAAGUUAAUCAUCCAGCCACUGACAGCAGCCGCCACCAUACAGACAGGCACUGGGAUGCAGACAGCAGCACAUCUGGUUUGCAGAAUAAAAGCAGAAACGGUUCAUCCACAAUGGACCGAGAUGCAGAAAGACCGUCCCUGUUUCUUCCAGAGAGUGUCACAGCAGUGGAUCCAGUUUCUCAGACAGAAAUCACUGACUUUCCUGUUCAGACCCAGUUCCCAUCUCAUGCAACACAUUCAAGAGAAAGAAAUACCACAAGGGAUAUCAUGCAGCUUGCUGAGACGUCAGAGGGAACAGCACUUAACCAUCCUCACAUUCCCCUAAAUACAAAAAUAUGUGUAAUACUUGAGGAACUCUUGAAUUAG